GGCUCGAGAGGUACUGCGGUAAUUCAUUGCGAAAACUGAUAUGGGAUACCACGAUGUUUUAAUUGCGUCUAGAUACAUAGCCACUCAACCGGGUGGUCGUCAUCAUGCUCCCAUGAUAGAUUGAGACUGCCUCACAUGUUUCUCUGUGACGUACCCGCUGCAGAAAGACAGCAAAGCAAUACUCGGCAGUCCGCUAUUGCUGCAGUCUGAACAACACAAUUCCGCAUAGUUGAGAUGACCGCGCUGUCUCUGCCCGUAUUUAAGCAAGCGCAAAACGAGAAUAUGGUAGCACAAAGUCAACUAUCUGUUCAACUCUCGAAUUCAGCACUAUGAGUACCUCUGAGUGGCGCAUGCAGCUGAACAACUGGCUCCAGGCGAAUUCAAAAAGGAACGCCUUGACCUGGGAUGUUUCAACGAGCGGCCCUAAGCAUGCCCCUACUUGGACCGCGAUUGCUUAUAUCGACGGCGUUCAGUACGGAAGAGGGACUGGCGUCAGUAGGAAUGUCGCGACAGAGAUUGCUGCUGAGCAAACCUUGACCGCACUCAAGCGUCAGACUGGACGUUAG